AUGGCACCGCGCCGAUCUCGCGCCAAGCGCCUUCACCUCCCCGGUGCGGCUCGGUGCCUUGCAGCACAGCCCUCCGUGACUCCUCAUGUGGCGGUGGCCUCGCCAGUGGCUCCUCCGCCGGCUGCGACCGCGCCUGCAGCGAAACCGCCAAGAUCGGUGGAGCCCCCUGUCGCCGCAUGUGUGCAGCCGGCGGCCACCUUCAUGGUGCCCCCAGCGACCGUUGCGCGAGCGCCAGUUGUCGAGGAAACCCCUGCAGCACCAACACCGAAUUCCACGCCCGCCUCGACGGUCCGUACAAGAGAGCACACAGCCGAGGUACAGUGUCCUCCUGACGUGACGCCGGUUUCUGUUGCCGCAACCGCCUCUGCGGUGCCCACAGGUGAAGCGAUGCCACCAGCUGCUCCAGUAUCAGCAGCGCCAUCGAUGAAUUCACCACGAGCAGGCAUCAGUGCACAUCGUCGACGACUGCGUGCUAAGCGACGCGCAGCUGCGGCGCUCGCGCGCAAAGCUAAGCAUCAUGGAAACACCAUUUCCGCACCGCAGCAGACGGUCAGUCCCUCCACGUCGCCUCAGCCGCCUUCUCCUGCAGCGCCUCCGGAGACGGUGCCUGUUGCAACAGUGGAGGCUCCAGAAGCUGCGGCCGCAGUUGAGCCAACCUCGGUUGCAGCAGCGCCAAACGUUGCGCAAGGGGGCUCCGCGGCGUCAGAGCUAAAGGAGCCAGCAGCUGCUACGGUGAUGUCGUCCCCUCCAGCAUCAACGCCGACUACCACCCCCCACCGCUCCACGAUCAGCCGCAUUCCAAAGAAGCGGAAGUUCUUUGCAGAGCUUGAUCAUGGUGUGGCCCAGCCAGCAGCAGAGGCAACACCACAACCCGCCUUCUCAGAAAGGCAUCUACGGGGCUCAGUCACUGCGGCGGAUGCACUGCCGAGGAGCGAGGUUCCGUCCGCCGUGCCGCCUGUGACACCGACAACAGCAGUGGAGGAAGUCACCAAGAAGACUGCCGCAGUCGUCGAAGCGGUACACGCUCCGGCUGCUGCGCGUCGCAUGGUGACUCACCGCAUUUCAAAGAUGCAUGCUAAAGGAGCAGCGGCGAAGCUCAAGCACAGCAGUGGCAACCUUGUCUCUGCCGAGACUACUCUUGAAGCAGCACCGGCAGUAAUCGCAUCCGUGACCGGAAAAGCACCUGCCCUCAAUGCAUCCACCCUCACGGUGCCGGAGAAGCCCGCGGCACCAACUGCACCCCCCGUGGCGGCGCCUUCUGGGGAGCCUCCGCAGCGUUCUGCUUCCUUGACGCCUCAAUCCACGGCCCCACACGUGACCUCUGCCGCUGCGGUCACCCCGUCGGGUCGUGCCACCAUCAGCCGCAUCGCGAAGAAAAGAAAGCACUUCUUCGCGGAGCUGGAAGAGCCCCCAGCAAGUGCCGCAGCGGCUCUGAACGGCACUGGUGCCACAACUACGACAGCGGGAGCGGAGCCCACGGCGCCGACGGUGGAGGCCGUGGUAGCCCCCCCACUGGCAGCGGUAGCCGCGGCAGACGUGGUGGCGACGAAGGCGACGGCCACGCGGGCGAUGGCGAGGCGUCGAAGCAUGAAGCGGGGAAAGCUCCCGCCGCAGACAGCGGUGGCAGAGGCACCGUCGUCUGCAGAUGCGCUUUCCUCUGAGGCCACUGCACCGACGCCUGCGACGCCAACUGUUGAAGCGACGUCAGCUCCCCUGCCGGAGGCUGUUCAGGGUGCCAAAGUCGCAGCUCCUGCGGAGUCGGUUGGAGAGGCGGUCACGACGGCAGACGCAGGUCGGCCAGUGGAGACCCCCACUCCUCCCGCCGCGCAGCGCAAACUGAGUACCGCGAAGAAGAAGGUGAAGCGCCUAACGGCUGCGGCGAUUCGGCGGCGCGAGAUGGCUGCGUACAAUCGCAUUCCAAAGCGCUUCCGCCCCCCAGUGGUGCCACGAUCGGUGUUCUCUCCGCCGGCGGCAGCGCCGGAGAGCACGCCCGCACCGACAGAUCCCCCAGCGGCUACCGCAGUUGUAGAGGCAGUGGAAGUCAACGAGGCACCGCAGCCAGCGGAGAUGCGCGCAGAGGGACAGGCAGCGGCUGCGGUCGAGACGAUCGUGGAGGCACCCGCAGUGGAGGUGGCGCCGCCUCCACCAGGCGCAUCUACCGCCUCAGCAGCUGCAGCGGUGGAGCCGGAGGUGCCUCUCACCGAGACAACGACGAGUGCAGUCCUCUUCACAGCCCCGGCAGAGGAACAGUGUCUGGUGGGUCAGGCGCCGGCAGCGACGAAGAGCAUGAAGGUGCGCAUUGCACAGUCGAUAAGGAAGCGCUUUUUCACUGCUCUCGAGGAUGUGCCGGCUCCCAGCCCGACGGAGGCGGCGGCCACUGAGACGGCCGCCGCUGCCGCGGAAGCGCAAGCCGCCGUCCCUCAGGCUCGUGCUGCCGUGCAGGCGAUCGAGUCUUCGCCUCAAGUGGCAGUCGAUGGCACGACCGUGGAUGCCGAGCUGGCCGCCGCCGCAGAUGAAGCUGUGGCGCCGAAAAGCACACUUGACCCAGAAAGCAAGGCUGGCUCUGCCACAUCAGCAGUGGAAGCGGCAUCCACCGAGGCGCCGCAGCCGAUGGCGGAUCAUCAGCCCACCGAAAUCACCUCGGCUGAGGAGACCUCCUUCGAGGUCGUCAAAGCACUGCGUACCGGGGGAGUAGGACUUGCCUCGGAGUCGGUCGCGGUGCACACGGACACCCCUGCGCUCCCUCAGAGGAAGGUGGUGCGUGUCACCAAUGUGCGGGACAUGCUGAAGGCGAUUCGCAAGGCAAAGCAGGCUGGCAAGCGGGGGUGCUCAAAGAAGCGUCUUUCCCACAAGCCGCUGUCGCAGCACCUCUCCACCGCCGUCACGGGCGCCGUAGAUGAAACCGUGAAUGCGGAAGCGUCGUCCACGGCCGCAGAGGCAAAUCUACCUGCGGAAGUAGUCGACGCAGGAAUCCAUGCAGCACUGCAGAAAGAAGCGGAGGCGGUGACGGUUGUGGAGGAGACGGAAACCCCCUCAGCGACUGAGCAGCAGACGGUGGUGCAGGCACAGGCGGCGGAGGUUGAGGCGGAGACGUACGCUGAGUCGACAACGACGAUGGCGACACCCGAGGUGACGGAGGCGCGCUCGACAGAGUCUGUGGACAAGGAAGCAGUGCAGCCGCCAGAGGCUCUGCAGCAUGCAGAGAUGCUAGUGUCACCGGCACAAGCGGCAGUCACAGCCCCCGUGAAGGACUUCCUGCCACACGCCUUCUCUUCCCCGUCUCCUGCGCGGCGCCAGGCGGCGAGGCAGAAGAUCAAGAAGCACGCGAAACUGGCCGCAGCACGGCUCAACAAGCGCCAGACUUACACCGUGUCGGCCGCAGCGCCCCUGGCAGCAGCUCACGCCUCCGCUGAAGCCAUGGACGCCCCGCUGGUAGAGGCGGUACAUGCUGCUGCAGAGCCGCCCGUGCCGCCUGCAGAAGAGGCGUCCGCCGCAACUCUUGUGCGCCGUUCCGCGCUGGUGCUGCCAAGCGGCAACGUGGUGGUGGAGUCGUUCACGGACGAUGAGAUGGUGCUGCGUCGCAUGGCCCUUGACGACAGCUGGGAUGUCGGGCUGCGGUUUGACUGGCAGGAGCGCACGCUAGCCAUCUCGUCAUUCCCCACAUUCGAAGAGACGGACAAGCGGUCGGCUCACCCGUUUGUGGAUCGGUUUAAGUCGAAGCCGCGGUGGCUGCUGAAGGAGGUGAACGAGACGAGCGCGGCGCACAUGAGGAAGGCGCUGGACUCCAUGAAUCGGAGUUUGACAGCGCGGUUUGUCUUCCGGCAUUGGAGGUAA